GCAAUUUUCUUUUGUUAGAAACCAGAACCCAAAUAUUUGCAUAUAUGAAAGGAAGUUGGAAACAAAAUCAAUAGGUUACCCACCAUUACACUUCAAAAGUCAGAAUGCCCAAUAAAAAAGACAGAAUCUUCUUAGCUUUGACAUCUUAUAUUUGGCUUCCAUCAUGCCAAAGACAAGUUUUUGGCAUAUAAUUCUAUUCAAAUUCAGAAUCAUGAUAAUUCCCAAUUAGUAAUUAUAUAUGUGCUGAUCCAUGUUGAGACUUCUUUAACUCUCCCAAAAAGUUCUUCGUCCCUCCCUGCGCCGAUCGGGGCUCCACCCGAUAGAAAACAAUUGUCGUUAUGUUCCAAAAAUUCAUUUACUACUGCCUUUUCAUCUCCUUGGCCUACCUUUUACUCUCCCGCCCCUGCUCUCCCGCCAGGACCAUCUCCGAAACUGAAACUGCAAUAACCGCCGAAACUCACAAUCACAACGCCACGUGGCACAAUUUCUCUAGAUUCCUACACGCAGAGAGAGGCAGCCAAAUCAACGGCAUAUCGGAGCUCAAGAGCUACUUCCACCAAUUCGGCUAUCUCCAUAAAGGUGGUACGACGUCGGAUUUCACCGAUACUUUCGAUGCUAAGUUCGAGUCGGCUCUUUUGCUUUACCAGGAGAGGCUGGGCUUGCCCGUCACCGGAAAACUUGAUUCUCAUACCAUAUCAACCAUCAUGACGCCGAGAUGUGGCGUAAGCGACGACCCGUCGCAUGUAAUCCAUUCAACUCAUCACUUCUCUUACUUUUACGGUAAGCCACGGUGGGUUCGAGGUUCUCCGAUGACUCUCACGUAUGCUUUUUCCCCCGACAACUUAAUUGAACGGCUCCGCAUAUCGGAAAUUCGGACUGUUUUUGAACGCUCCUUUUCGCGCUGGGCAUCGGUGAUCCCGGUAAAAUUUCAGGAGACGAGUCGAUACGAAUCGGCCGACAUCCGGAUUGGGUUCUACCACAGGAAUCAUGGCGACGGAGAGCCGUUUGACGGGGUGCUUGGGAUUUUAGCACAUGCGUUUUGCCCAGAAAAUGGGAGAUUCCACUUGGACGCAGCUGAAACGUGGUCCGUCGAUUUCGAGCGUGAUAAGUCAAAGGUGGCCGUCGAUUUGGAAUCUGUGGUUACGCACGAGAUAGGACAUAUACUUGGCCUGGCUCACUCUUCGGUUAAAGGAGCCGUUAUGUACCCGAGCUUGAAGCCAAGGACGAAGAAGGUAGACUUGAAGAUUGAUGACGUGGAGGGAGUACAGGCGCUGUAUGGGUCAAACCCUAACUUCGCAUUUAAUACCUUGCUACAGUCUGAAAGUUCGUCCAAUCUUGCCAUUGAGUCAGAAAGCACUCUGUCCAAAUGGACUCUUUCUUUGGCUCUAGGAUUGAUCAUAAUAUUUCUAUCUACUUAAAUUUUUUCCCUUGUCCCUCUUCA